GCCCACAAAACACAUAGAGCAGCCACACGACUCUUCAGAUGGGAAAAUAUCAAGCUUACGAUGUUCUGAUCAUGCUUUAAUAAAAGUAAAGUGAAGUUGCUGUUAUCAGGAUGUUGUCGAGUUGUCAUUGUAUAUGUCUGACAGGUGCAGAUGUUAGGAGGGAAGACCAGAACAACAUGGACAUUAAGAUGGACAUUCUAUUUCUAAAAGAGCAAUAUGACUUCAUUAAAGACAAACGAAGACAAGAAUCUUGUGUGGUGUGUUUCAAGGAAGAAUUAAACCAUCAAAAGAUGUGUAACCAAAAUCUGGUGUUUCCCGUGUCCCAGAUCGAACAAAUGUCAUUAUCAUACUCCGAAACCCAGUUUGACUUUUUUAAGGGUUCGAAAAGCAGCCUGUGGCGCACACACCUGGACAUGCACCGCAUAACUCACGCAUUCAAUGUCAGUGAACACGUCGAUCACACGUCCGACUGCAGUGAUGUCACAGAUGAUACAGUAUCUACUGAAGAGUCCAGCACAGAUUUAAGUGAACAUCUAACUGAAGAAUCAGAUGUCUGUGAUCGAAACCAACAUCUCAAUAACAGAAUCACCAGCAGUGCCCUGACCUCCAGGAACACCUGCUCACCAGAUGUUUUGUCCCGACAGCUGAGUUUUAGGAGCUAUCGGUCAUGUUCCUCACUUACAGGAUCACAAUAUUACCCCUUCCCUCAGAUGAAAAGUUUAAAGAAAUCUGAGACCGCCAAGAGACUUGGCCUAUAUGCAUCAUUUUAAUCAGAGGCCUCAAAUGAAAAUCUGUUUAGUGUAUUAAAAAUAUGAGUUGACUUGAAAUGGAAAUAAAGUACAGUAUCUUAUUGUUUUUUACCCGGAUGUUGACAGAUAAACUGUUGACUGGGAUUGAGUUAUUUCAGUGCAUGUAGCCAACUUUUAUUGUAGUCGUGUUUUAAUUUUUAUGCACAUUGUAAAAUUAAAUUAUUUCCUUUUUCUGCUACUUUUUUUCCUUAGAUUUUAUUGUAUUUUCUUCUUUUAGUCAUUUCUAUUUGAAACACUUUGAAUUACCUUAGGGAAAUAAAUGUACUUUAUAUAAAUAAACUUUGCUUUGCCUUUCUCUGCAUGUUGCAUGAAUAUCUUUUAAUCAUCAUCAUCA